GCAGCGUCUGUUAGUCGAGUUUCGACCGUUCAAUCAGACAGAAGUGCGACAGCGGUGGAAGCCCAGCCAAAGUUUACAGCAGGCAAUCAGCUCCAGGGAGGAAGCAGCAGCAGCAGAAACUGAAGCAAUUGUGGUGGCAAACGGCACUCAGUGGAAUUGGAGGAGAAGAAGAACAACAACAGUAUCAGCAGCUCUACAGUCGAAGCUGAAGCAACGCAUUCUGUUUCACACUGCGAGUGCGAUUUUAUUGACGGCCAGCAGGAGAGAGGCGCAUUGGUUAAUCAUCGCGGAUGCCUGGCCGGAGUGCCGGACCCUGAUCAACUCCGGACCCCCGGAGAGCGGGCCAGAGAUAAGUGCAGAAGAAACCGCAACUGGACAGUUGAUUUGAGGCUGGGGCAGGACCCCAUUCGAUCAUCACCAGCGAUUGAUAGCAGACACAGGGCCAAUACCAUCUAGGCCUAGAGAAGGCGUUGCUGGCACUUUCGACAAAACAACAUCCACAACAACAACAACAACAACAGUAACAGAAACAACAACAACAACAGCACAAACGCCAGCGACUAGGAGACCUGAACGGCGAAACGAAAGUGAAAGCAACGUUAACCAUCGAAAAAAAAAACACACACACAUUUGUGUACUCAAAUGUGUUUCUGUGUCUUAUUCUGUGUGUGUCUGUCUGUUUGUAUGUGUGUAUUGACGUGCCUGUGAGCUUGCAAUAACUUUCAGAACGGAAAACGCGCGAUUUUCUAUGCUCUUCCCGGCAACAACUGAAGGAUACUCGCAACGGCAACGGCAACGACAACGGCUCUCUCCCUGUCGAUGUGAAAAUCCGAGCCGGAGUCCAUUUGAAGUGCUAAUGAAGCAAACGUUGCGUCCCAUCUAGUCACCCACUUACCAUCAAUCAGCACUUGAACUGCUUUAGCUAUCAAUUAACCUAUAACGAAGCUGCCAAUCUAAUCACAGCCAACAACAAAAGAGAAACAAACACCGCCACCUCGAUCACAGACAAAUCAACAAAGACCACACACACACACUAUCAACAUGUUCUCCAUGUGCAAAAAGGUGAAGCCGAGAAGCGAGGACUCCUCAACAACAUCUCAGCAAAUGCAUGACUUGGAGAGCGCGGGCAAGCAAAUCAAAGGCGGCUACCUUCUGCGCUACAAAAAACAAAUGCUGUGGAAUCGGUGGUCAGAGGAAUGGGUUAUACUGUACGAUGACUCCACCAUGGCCUGGUUUACGGAGCCAGGUCGCUCGGCACCAACCGGCAAGGUGUUGGUCAAGGAAGCGCCAGAGAUGCUGGCCAUAGCCCAUUGGACUGGGCAAGUUCCGCGUCGUCCGCCGUUGCCCAAUGGCGUCAGUGUGUCGCAGCUAAUUGCACUUGGGUCGCGGCGUAAGCGAUCCAAGGUCUAUUGGAUGCUGGCCAAGUCGGAGCAGGAGGUGGGCGAUUGGAUUGAGGCGAUAACCAAAACCUUGCCGCCGCCGCCGCAAAUCGAACUGGUCGUGGAUAAGCCCCAGCUGAUGAAUGUAUUGCGUCGUCCACUGGUGCGAAUAAGACCGCACGACGCUAUGUUGUCAACCACAGCGCCCACCAACUCUGAGGUGAAGCAGCGCAAGUCGGUGGCCCACAAGACCAGUCGGCAUCAUCGCAGCUCCUCAGCGGCCUUGACCACAGAGCGAAUGCUCCACAAUCAGAAUCCGCUGAUCAAAAGCGAUGCGGCCGUGGCCAUAUUGAGCAAGAAGUCGGACUCGAAGGCAUCGCUGGCCUGCGCCUUGCCCUGGGGACACGGCUGGGGCUGGGCCACGUUGCCCAACGGCGUCUGGAGCGGCGGCCUCACCUGGUCGCAGUGCGAGGACACCUUCACACUGCACGCACUCCCAACCACACACUGCACGAAUCUCGUGGAGAACUCGUGCAGCGGCGCCAUCUAUCACACAGACAUUGGCGGCUUUGACUUUCACUCGUCGGGCGUCGACGAUUUGGGCGGCGAGGACUUUGACUAUGCCAUGGACUGUGGCGAUUUUAUAUUUUAAAUCUAUCCACUUGAACACUACGCUUCCAUUUCCCCCCAAGCUACACUAUCUCUACACUAUCUCUAACUCUUUGCCAGCGUGGCCAACGUUGGAACUCAUCCAAGAAUUGAUAAGUCGCCAACACCUUCGCAAAUUUACCUGUGCUAAUUUUUUAUUUCUCAUUAUUGUUUAUUAUUGUUUAUUGUUUGGCGGCGGUAAUCGACAGAGCUGUUUAUACAUAUGUGUGUGUGUGUGUGUGUGUAUGUAUAUGUACUUGUCUGUGUUUUCCAUGACGUACAUAAACAUAUAUCUAUAUAUGCAUUUGUGUAUGUAUGCCCCCAUAUAUACACACACACAAACGCAUCGCGCAUACGCAACGUGGUGCAUCCAUCUGGUCUGUAUGGCGGCGCAGCAUCUGCGUGGCUCUGUUAAUUGAGUUUGGAGUUUGGAGCCGUGCGUGUUAUUGUUGCCAGCUUGCCAAUUAGCGAGCUCGAGCUGCAUCCAAUUGGAAAGUUAAGCUCCAGCUUGCGAGCGCAGCACAUUGAAUUAAAGUCAAAGAGAACAAUUAAUUGCCAGCUGUGUGGGUUUUGGGAGGGCGAGUGUGUGUGUCCAAAUUAUAAACCUAAUUAAUGUCAUACAUAUCCGCACUCAUGCAGUCAGCAUGCUGGCAGCACCCACAAAGCGAAAGCGAGAGAAUUCCAUGAGCUGCCUGGUACCCAAAAGUAUGCAACAAUUUCGUGCAAAUCAAAUGACUCCAAAAAAACAAAAUGGUACAAAACUAUAUUUUUAUCAGUUUUUUUUUUUAAACUUUCUCUCUCUAUGUCUCUCUCUCUCUCUCUCCAUUAUCUCAUCCAGAAUACGCAUCUGCAUUUUAUAAUAUUUUUAUAAUUUAGUAUUAAGGUCAUUAACCGAAACUGAUAGUUAUUCGGAGCUGAGUGGAAUAUACUGUCUAUGGCUACAUAGCACACUUUUGUAUUCUACUAUCUAUAGAUAUACUAUAGAAUGUAAUGGAACUAACAUCAGGCAAGAGGAAAACCAGGUUAUUGAAAUAUACACAGUUAAUCCUAGUAAGAAUUCAUAUUCAUAUGAAUAAUCCAAGCACACCCAGGCCAGUUUGAAAAAACUAAAUAACACCAGCCCACCCGUACUGAUAAAAUAUUAACAAACAAAUAAUAUAGUAUUAGCAUUAAUUAUACAAAUAUACACAAAGAAAAUGAAGAAGAAAAAAAAUGUACGUAUAUCGAAUCAAACCUCUAUUUAUGAUUUCAGGUCUGUCCUUUGCAGGCCGCUCCAUUUCGAGCUGAAUCUCCCGAUGAAGUUCAGUCUCUUGGAGAUGCCAUAAUUAUCGAUUAUGAUCGAUACCUAUAGUAUCUCAUCUUAAAUAGGUUUUCCAUUGCAAUGAAAUCGUUAUCCUCGUUACAUAGUGGUUCUAUUAGCAUCCUGCUAAAGUCACUCACUGCGAGGGGUAACGAUAAUGAGUUGAGUUCGUAUUUAAAAAUAGUUUGUAUAGAAGUUUACAAGUGUAUAUUGUUAUGAAUAUAUAUAUAUAUAUAUAUUCAAAAAAUACGUAUAAGAUACAACAAAAAACACACAUAAAUUCAUUUUUUAAGUUGCAAAAACCAAAAACGUGCCGUAGAUCUCGAUGUUAGGAAUUAAAUAUUUUGAUUAAAUUAAGAAUCUCUAAGAUACAAUUAACGUUUCCCAUCAACUGAUAUUUUUCUGUUAUCUAUUGUUGACUUCCAAUUCUAAGAAUUUUUUAACUUUUUUGUUUAUGUCAGGCGCUUUUAUUCCUAAUAUCAGAUUAAUGAAACGGUCAUUCCAAACUCACCAAAAAAGUUCACAUCAUCACAGUUCACACUAGGGUAAUUUUCGACAAACAAACAUAAACCUUUAAGGGGUUUAGAAAAAUAAAAUGAAAAAAAAUUUUUGCAAAUUUUGAACAUUUUUGUGCACAAGUGCACAAAAAACGCCGCUACGGAAACCUUGAACAAGAAUAUUAAGAGAUGUAAUGAUAGAAUAGUUGUGUCUUUAUGGACAGAAAACAUAGAAAUUUAAUUAAAAAUUGUUGAAAACCAAAUACAUAUAUUUACAUAGACAAAUACAAAAUGAAACAAAACAUUUGUGCAGGUAUUCAUAGUGUUGAAAAUUUAAAAAAAAAAAAAAAAAAAAAAUACAAAAUGUUAAAAACAAAACGAAAACAAGAUAAGUCAAGAAAAAAUGUUUGAUAUUACGGGUAACCAGAAAAGCAGAGUGUCUCUCUCUCACUCUCUCUCGGUCUCUCUCUCUCCCAUUUUGUGUCUCAGAUAAUGACAAAUAAUAAGUGUGCGGCUUCUCUGUAGGGUGGUAGUAGCCAUUGCCUAACAUCUGCAUGUGCACACUUUAACCAACACACGGAUAUGUACUUACGUAUGUGUGUCUAGCACACAAUUCCUGGAGUCGACAAAAGCCAAUAAACACAGCCAAAAGAUAAACAAACAAACUACAACCAAAGCCCAAGCCACGUGCUUGCAUAGGUAACAGAAGCUUUAGUCAAACAACAUCUCAACAUACAAGAGAUUGGUAAAUUAAUACCAAAAAAAGAAACAUAAAUUAAUAAAGAAAAUACAAUUAUAUAUAUAAAUGUUAUGUGAAUGUAAUAAAAAGCAAAAAAAAAAAAUUGUAAUAGAAAAAAAUGAAAACCAAAAAAAAAAAUCACAAAAUAAUGUAGACUAAAAGACUUAAGCAAUUGUCGUUUAGACGUUAAAUUAGAGCGCAUUGAAUGUUGGCUUUAAAUUGUUUAGAAAAGUAUCUAUAUUAUGUAUUGUAGUAGUACAAACUGGCGACAGCUGGCCGAUAUGCUUAUGGUAGUACGAGCCUAUCGUCAGCGUUAUCUUGUAGUCUGAAGUGUGAGCGAAAUGAAAUUCAGUGUGAAAGUCAAGCGAUGCGUGGCAGGAAAAGGAAGCGACGAAAAAUUGCAUCAAUUCAUCAAUUUAUGAAUAACUUGAAUACCAAAAAAAAAAAAAAAUAAAUAAAUAAAUAAAUCAAUAGGCAAAAUAUAUAAAAUGAAGAUAUAAGAAGAAGAAGAGUCAACACAAAACCAACUUCGACAAUCACGGAUAUAAAGAAUGAAGUUAAAACAUAUUACAAAUCUAAUAGGCUUUGCAUUGACUUGCGUUUGGUUAGGAAGAGUAGCAAGAAUACAUAAUAGUGCUUGAUAACGAUAUCGAUUUCGAUGCCUUGCACUUGAUAUGGAAAUUGAUCGGGUCGAUGGCAGGAGUUUUUUGUGGCAACUGUACUAGAAAGCAUCUAGCAUAGAAGCAUCUUAAAGUAGCCGCAAGCAUCGCACAAGAACUCCGUGACUAAGUGACAACCGUUUAUUGAGAAGGUCCAAAGUCGGGUUUUAAAUAUAGAGUACUUGGAUAUAUAUAUAUGUAUGUAUGUAUUUGUAUACGUACAUAGAAAUUGUACAUUAGUCCUCCGGUCUUUAUUUAUUGCCAAGCAUAUUUUAUAAUGUUUAUUAAACACGCCAAAAAAAAAAAAAAAAAACAAAAAAAAAAAAGAUAUAUAUAUAUAUAUGUAAAGAGAAAAAAUGAUUUUAGAUAAAUGUAAAUUUUUUUGUAGAUCACUUGUACACGUCAAAUAUGCAUUUCCAAUGAUUUUCGAAAGGCCAAAGUUUAUGAUUUGUAACUCGGAAAAGAUGCAACAUAGUUGAACUGAGUAAAAUGAUGAAUCUUCAGACAUAUGCACAUAUGCAUAUAUAUAUUGUAUAUAUACAUAUAUAUUGUAUAUUGUGUUUGUCUUGGGAAAGGCAAAUGAAAUAGAAAGACAAUUAAUUGAUUGGAGCAGAAUGAUGCGAGCCUCUGCUUUGGGUCAGCUUUGCGUAUGUCUGUGACAUUGCGUAUUCGACUCCUGGGCCAUGGCAUGGUUCGCAUGUUAUAUGAAACAAAUAAUAAGUAGUUCUUGUUGAUUAUCAGCUGACACUGCUGUUGAUGUUGCUACAAAAAAAAAAAAAAAAAAAAAAAACAAAACAAAAAAAAAAAAAGAUUGAAUUUGAUGUUGACGUUGCCGUGUCAUUGAUUUAGUGUAAGUAAUUGGCUUCGAAUGCUAUGCAUGUGCGUGUGUAUUUAUAAUUGAAUUCUUAAUUGUAUUUGUAAGCGCUGUAAAGUUUGUAUUCGAUUUUAGCAAAAUACAAAUAAUACAAAUGUAUACACACAGCACUAGACAAUGUAAGCAGCUUAUAUACACAGUAUACAAAACAAUACCACACGCAAGAAAUCCUAUAGAGAACCUCAGAGAGCCUAUAGUAAACUAAAUAAGAUCGUAAAUUGUUAAUAAUUCACACACACAUACAACACACUACCUACAGUUCAAAUGAAAAUACAAACGUAUAUAUGUAUGUAUAUAGCAUGUAUGUAUGUAUAUACAUUAGCUUUUCAUAUUGGAGACACGAUCCCCUACACUUGAAAAGUCUUUUGCUGUUGGUAUUGCCAUGUUUACAAUUACGACUAUGACAGAGCAAGACAAUGGUAAAACGAUAUCUGUAAUCUAAUAAAUUAUAUGAAUGUACACGGUGUCUAUAUUUUUAAUCCAGUAUAUAUA